GGAAGCGGCGGCGGCUGCCGGGAAGGGACCGGGGCGGCACCGGGAGCGCACCGGGAGAGCGACACGGUCCGGACCGGGACACGCUGCGAGCGGCACCGGCACCCGCACGGAGCCCGGGACUGCCCGGAACCACCCGGAACCGCCGGCGGGGAGAACCGGGAGCGAGCGGGAGCCAGCGGGACAGACCGAGACCCACCGGACGCAGCAGAACCCCCCGGUCCCCGUGUCGCCGAUGCUGUCACCCCCCAUUCGCCGGCUCCUGGCCCUGCUGGGCCCCGAGCGCGGCCGAUGGACGCUGGUGGGGGGGCUGAUGUCGGCCUCGGCUCUCGGUGAGGUGGCCGCCCCCUACUUCACGGGCCGUGUCACCGACCGGGUGGCACCGGAGGAGGAGCCGGCGGCCGCCGUGUGGCCCCUGGUGCUGGUGGGGCUCGCCAGCGCGCUGUCGGAGCUGGCCUGCGACUCCUCGGCGGCGCUGGCGCUGUCGCGGGCGCGGGCGCGGCUGCAGCGCGGCGCGGUGUCGGCGGUGCUGCGCGGGGCCGUGCCCGGCGCGGGCGGCGCCCUGGGGGACCGGCGGGCGCUGGUGGCGGCGCGGCUGACCGGGGACGCGGAGGCGGCGCACGCGGCGCUGGCGGACGCGCUGGUGCCGGCGCUGUGGGCGGUGACGCGGGCGGCGGCGCUGCUGGCCGCGGUGGCCUGGCUGUCCCCGGCGCUGGGGCUGCUGACGGCGCUGGCGCUGCCGCUGCUCCUGCUGCUGCCGCGCGCCGUGGCCCGGGUGCAGCAGCGUGACCCCGGUGUGUCCCCAUUGUCCCCCGUGUCCCCCAUUGUCCCCAGCGUGACCCCGGAGCUGGCGCGGCGGGUGCGCGCGGCCCAGGCCGGCACCACGGCGGUGGCCCUGGAGGCGCUGGGGGCCAUGGGCACGGUGCGGGCCUUCGGGCACGAGGCCGGUGCCACCGAGCGCGUGCGGCACCACCUGGCGCGGGGACACCGGCUGGAGCAGCGGGAGGCGCUGGCCUACGCGGCCGGGCUCUGGGCCACCGGGUUCCCUGCCCUGGCCCUGAAGCUGGCGCUGCUCUUCCUGGGGGGACGCCUGGUGGCUGCGGGCAGUGUCACCCGUGGGGAGCUGGUCACCAUCCUCAUGUGCCAGCUGAACUUCACCCGCGCUGUGGAGGGUGUCCUGCUGUACGUCCCCAUCCUGGCCAAGUCCGUUGGCUCCUCUGAGACCCUCCUGGAGCUGCUGGAGCAGGCCAAGGUGGGGACACCCGCGGGGCCACCGUCACCUGUGCCACCCCGGAGCUGUGACACCGCACAGGGCCCUCCAGGGCUGUGCCUCAAGGAUGUCUGGAUGUCCUACCCUGGGCGCUCCGAGCCCGUCCUCAAGGGGGUGUCGCUGUCGCUGCGCCCCGGCGAGGCCCUGGCCGUGCUGGCGCCCCCUGGCGGCGGGAAGAGCUCGCUGGCGGCGGCGGCGCUGGGGCUGCGCCCCCUGGAGGCCGGGACGGUGCUGCUCAACGGGACCCCCCUGAGCCCGCGCUCGGAGCCCGCGCUGCGCGAGCAGGUGGCCGGUGUCCUGCAGAGCCCGUCCCUCCUGUCCCGCACCCUCAGGGCCAACAUCAGCCUGGGCUGGGGACACAGGGAGGGGACACCGGUGGUGGCAGCGGCGCGGCGCGUGGGGGUGCACAGCUGGGCCCAGCACCUGCCGCAGGGCUACGACACAGAGGUGGGUCCCCGCGGGCUGCAGCUCUCGGGGGGACAGGCGCAGGGGGUGGCGCUGGCCCGGGCGCUGCUCAGGAACCCCCAGGUGCUGGUGCUGGAUGAGCCCACGAGGGCCCUGGACCCCGUGACGCGGUGCCAGGUGGAGCAGGAGCUGCUGCGCGGCCGCGGGCCAGGGCAGGGCCCAGCGGUGCUGCUGGUGACAUCGAGGGUGGCCCUGGCACAGCUGGCACCGAGGGUGGCACUGCUGGAGGGGGGGCGACUGCGGGAGCUGGGCAGCGCCAAGGAGCUGGGGAGCGUCCCCUGGGGGACACCGGGGGACAUUCCCCCCCCGCUGUUGUUGCUGCUGCCGGGGCUGUGA